AUGGACGACAUCAACCUCCAUUACCGCUUUCUGAACUGGAGGCGGAGGAUCCGGGAGAUUCGCGAGGUGCGGUACCGCGAGCGGUUCAAGAGGAUGCUGAGGGAUGGAGAAGUGCUCAGGUGGGCAUGAAAACUGUCAGAAUCACUUUUAUUCGCCAAUUACAUUUACACACCCGGAAUGUUACUUGGUGAAGUGUAGUAUGAGAGAUAAUGACACUUUAGCCAGCGUUCCUCUAUCCUGGUUCUGGGUAAGGAAUGUAAAGAGAAGGAACAGUCAGAUAAUAAUAAUAUACCAUUUAGCAGACGCUUUUAUCCAAAGCGACUUACAGUCAUGCGUGCAUACAUUUUUGUGUAUGAUCAUUGUCAGUCACAAGUUACCCAAAUUCCUGGUUCUGGGGAUCCACCUGGUCAAUAACAUCAAAUCGGUGAUGCAUUCUGGGUAAAUUGUGACCGACUGACUGAUCUACAAAUAAAUAAUAAUAAAUUAUAAUGCAAGGUGAUUUUUGCAGUCGAUGUCGAACAAGCCUGCUGUGAGUGGAGGCUUUUGUUGCAGCCCAGUAGUAACACAAUUAUUCAAUCAUUAAAGUUGUGAGUUGACUCAGGUGUGCUAGUUUGUACUUAACCUCGUCCCCAGGCUCAAUUGCUACCUCAUAUAGAGCCUGGAAACACUGUGCAACAAAUUGGGACUUGAAAGGGGCAUGGGUUAAAAUCGAGACGAGAGAGCGAGCCUGCUACAGUUGUAUUAGAUGGGACAAAUCGGCAAUAAAAAUAAACGUUCUAUCGCGGCGACCAUAUUAUUUUUGGGAAGCCCGAUUUCCCGAACUCACUUCCUUGUUUAGCCUAAAUCAAUCAGCGAAUUCGUUUUGCGUGGCCCGGUUCCCCAGGUGGGUGGAGAUUUAUCUUUAGGACCAAUGGAAUGGUUGAUAAUGAGCUAACCCCGCCCACCUGGGGCAUCGGGCCAUGCAAAACGAAUUCACCUACUUGCACUGCUCAUGCUUUGAAAUCCACAAUGUAGAGGGGAGGUUCUAAGAGUUGCGCUAGAUGGUGAUGGACUGAGAGAUCAGCCAAUUAAAACCAGCAGAUGUUUCGUCUGCUCCUGCCAUAGACUUCCAGUCAAGUUCCGUCCUGAGGCGCUCGGAAACCAGACACCUCUAAAGAAGGAGAGCCUGCUGGUGGGCAAGAUUAGUUUGUACUGGGACCAGGAUUGAUUGCUUCAGACCAGGGGUCUCCAACAGAUAGAUCGCAAGCUACCAGAAGCUCGCAGCCCACCUAUGAGUAGCUCGCCAAUCAAUUCUGAAAGUACAUCAAUUUUCCAUCGCAAACUGUCAAUCAAAGCCACAUUGACAUUAUCCCACCCUUGGUUAGCCACUAUUGGCUUAAAAAGCCAAACGUAACACAAUAUCUGCCAAUUAAUUUUCAGCAAUUGUCAGUCUUUCACUCUGUAUGUAGCCAGUUAGACAUACUAAUGAUAACCGUCUUGUGGGUAUACAGAAAGACUUUCCCCAAAAACCUUCUAAGUUAAAUGUUAACUGCAGAAUAGGCUUACCUGACAUAACUAUAUAAUUGGGUGGCCAUUGUUUUGCAAACUCUGCCAUGACGUGUUGCAGCAGUAGGCCUAACAGCAGAAACAUCUCUAGACCGACACAUUCCUUUCUUGCUAGAUGCGCAAUUAAAGGGGAAUUACACUCAAAUCAAAAUGGUCUUCUGAUUUGAUUUAAGCAUUGUCAUGGACACAGAACAUUCAUUUUCGUUGUGUCUCUAUUAAUAAUUGUAAUAUUGAGAGUAAAAACCAAAACAAUCCCAAACCAGGAAAAAUAAAACAGAACAGACAGAAUUCAGGAAAAUACCAAAUACAAUUUUAUUGUGCCCUUUAGAGUUGUUUAUUAACCAUUAUUUUACCAGGUAUAUUGACAGAAAACACAUCUCUUGUACCCAGGGAAGAGUUGCAGGGUAGAGGAGCAGAGAAGAAUGUGCCUAUUUGAAAGCUAUAGAAAAAAAUGAGUAGCUUGUGACAUUUUUCUUUUUUUUCAAAGUAGCUCCUCAUGCAUGAAAAGGUUGGAGACCCCUGCUUUAGACUCAUACUUUCUUUCACACUGUACUCCUCUUACUGACUUGGCUGGCCUGUACUGUCCACAAGUUAAAGAACAACUGUAUGUUGUGUAGCAUAUGUUUGUUGCAUACAUUUGCAAAUGCGAUACGAUUAAUGUAAACUAAUUUCUGAAAUUCCGUUACAGUUACCAAGGGAACUCUGAUGAAGUUGGCUGCUACGUGGCUCCAAGGCCGUUAUCCAAAGGGAACUGCUACUUUGAGGUAGGCUUCAAUACAGAGUUAGUUACAGUGCCUUCAGAAAGUGUUCACACUCCUUGACUUUUUCCACAUUUAGUUGUGUUUACAGCCUGAAUUUAAAAUGGAUUAAAUUGAGCUUUUUUUUGUUACUGGCCUACACACAAUACCCCAUAAUGCCAAAGUGGAAUGAUGUUUUUUGACAUUUUUACAAAUUAAUUAAAAAUGGAAAGCUGAAAUGUCUUGUCAAUAAGUAUUCAACCCCUUUUUGUUAUGGCAAGACUAAAUAAGUUCAGGAGUAAAAAUGAGCUUAACAAGUCACAUAAUAAGUUGCAUGGACUCACUCUGUGUCCAAUAAUAGUGUUUAACAUCAUUUUUGAAUGACUACCUAAUAUCUGUACCACACACAUACAAUUAUCUGUAAGGUCCCUCAGUUGAGCAGUGAAUUUCAAACACAGAUUCAACCGCAAAGACCAGGGAGGUUUUCCAAUGCCUUGCAAAGAAAGGCACCUAUUGGUAGAUGGGUUAAAAAAAAGCAGACAUUGAAUAUCCCUUUGAGCAUGGUGAUGUUAUUAAUAACACCUUGGAUGGUGCAUCAAUACACCCAGUCACUACAAAGAUACAGGCUUCCUUCCUAACUCCGUUGCCGGAGAGGAAUGAAACCGCUCAGGGAUUUCACCAUGAUGCCAAUGGUGACUUUAAAACUGCUACAAAGUUUAAUGGCUGUGUUGGAGAAACCUGAGGACAGUUCAACAACAUUGUAGUUACUCCACACUACUAACCUAAUUGACAGAGUGAAAAGAAGGAAGCCUGUAAAGAAUAAAAAUAUUCCAAAACAUGCAUCCUGUUUGUAGCAAGGCACUAAAGUAAUAGUGCAAAAAAUGUGGCAAAGCAAUUAACUUUUUGUCCUGAAUACAAAAUGUUAUAUUUGGGGAAAAUCCAAUGCAACACGUUACUGGGUACCACUCCAUAUUUUCAAGCAUAGUGGUGCCUGCAUCAUGUUAUGGGUAUUCUUGUAAUCGUUAAGGACUGGGGAGUUUUUCAGGAUAAAAAAGAAACGGAAUGGCGCUAAGCACAGGCAAAAUUCUAGAGGAAAACCUGGUUCAGUCUACUUUCACCAGACACUGAGAGAUUAAUUCACCUUUCAGCAGGACCAAUAAUCUAAAACACAAGGCAACUACACUGGAGUUGCUUACCAAGAAGAUAGGGAAUGUUCCUGAGUGGCUGAGUUACAGUUUUGACUUAAAUCUACUUGAAAAUCUAUUUUAAGACCUGAAAAUGGUUUGAAUAAUUUUUUUAAGUAUAAUGGGCCAAUGUUGCACAAUCCAGGUGUGGAAAGCGCGUAGACUUACCCAGAAUGACUCACCGCUGUAAUCGCUGCCAAAGUAUUGACUCAGGGGUGUGAAUUAAUUAGAUAUUUCUGUAUUUCAUUUUCAAUAACUUUGCAAACAUUUCUAAAAACAUGUUUUCACUUUGUCAUUAUGGGGUAUUGUGGGUGUCAUUUUUUAAUUCAGGCUUUAACAUCAACAAUGUGGAAUAAUUCAAGGGGUAUGAAUACUUUCUGAAGGCACUGUAGGUUUACCAAUAUGCAUUUAAACAUGUGAAAGAAAGCAACAGCAAGCAUUUCAACAAGAGAACAAAACGCUCUCCACUUGCGGGAGUUUGGAGAGCGCAAGUGGAGAGACGUACCACAGUAAUAAUUAAUUUUAACAACAAAUUCCAAAUGCAAACUUCAUAAGUUAAUUAUUAAUUUCAAGCAAAUUUGAGAUACCAAAAGACCAGUAGGCCUAUGCUAGUAAUUGUUGCUUGAUGCCCCAUUGCUGGUGAGUUUGCAAAGUAAACAGUUAAUAUUCUUGAUUACCAAAACGUUUUGGAGCUGCAUAUUUAUUUAUUUAUUUAUUAUGGCAAUCCUCUCGCCCUACAAUUUGAAUUUUGCGCUGCACCCGAUCCUAUAGCUGUACAGAAAAUCAGCAAUCUGUUCUCUAGCUCACCCGACCUGUGUUGAUUGACAGUUUGCUGGUCCAACCAAAGGGCAGAGUGUGCGUUUUACUAGCCAAUUUGUUUCACGUUUUUUUUGCAAGGGCCGAUGUUGCGGCUACUCUCUCUGGCUGCGUGGAGAGUAAUCCACAGACUCUGUGCCAUAAAAUGUUUGACAUAACGUUACAACAUGGCCAGGCCAUCAGUCUCAAGUCAAAGUCGAGUCUUGAGGCUCCAAGUCAAGUCUCAAGUUAUUUUAUUUUCUAUUAAGUUGAGUUUCAAGUCACGUGACUCGAGUCUACUACUCUGGUUAGGUGUCCCUGACUCAAGAAUUGGUGAUCUUGUAGUUAAUUUUGGUCCAUUAACUUGACAUUAAUCAUUUGAAGCAACUCUAAACAAAUGCACACUGUUUUACCCUGUUCUCAAACUGUUCCCUACUGUAGUAUAGGCUAGUGUUUUGACAGUUCAAGUCGAGCAUCGUAAGUCUGAGCCCAUCACCAGUCACACCCUGUAGAUUAACUGAUGUCUACGCUCAGAGAACUGCACAGUUGCUAAAUUUAGCUGACACAUUUUAUUAAAAAUAGUUUGCAGACCCAAAGCGUGUUAUUUUUGGACCCUUUCUUUUUUAACAAAUUAUCUGACAAAUGGAUCAAACAUGGUAGUUUUUCCAGUGUAAAAUAAUGCAGUGUGUAACAUAACUCCCCAGUUAUUCACCAGUACCUUUUUUAAUAAGAGUCCCUCCAGGCUAAAUCAUAAAGGCAGCAGGCUUGUUAAAAAUCAUCCUGGGUUUUGGGAAAGCUCAGGAAAGAAGGACUUGGCUGUACAUUUUGGGAUAGGGAAAGGUCUGGUUCUGGUGUGUAGUGUUGGCUUCCUGAGCCUACUGUAUGCUAUGCCAGGGCAGUGAGUGGGUAUGGAGGUAGAGUGAUUUGUGAAGGAGUCCUGCUGGUGUCUAUGUGAGUCCCAAAUGGCACCUGUCCCUAUUCCCUUUAAAGUGUACUACUUUUGACCAGGACCUAUAGGGCUCUGGUCAAUAGUAGUGCACUAUAUAGGGUAACAGCAUGCUAUUUGGGAUGCACAGUAUGAAGUUGGAGGACUGAUUGGGCAGACAUAAUGAGUGUGACUGAACGCCCGCGCCUGAUUUAACUUUCAUGGAAGGAAAAUCAUAUCCCACUUUUCAGGAAUGGACACAUCUUAAAGGGUAGGUAGCAUAAAUGUAACCACAUGUAAUAUAUAGAUUUGCAUUAAAAUAUGCAUAACAAAGUCCCAAUGCAAAGUCACACCUCACUUUAAAAAUGUUUAAGUUAUUACAUCAAAUUUAUCAGAAUGCCUAAGUCAUGCCGGGAAAAAGCAUUUGCGGGUUGUGACGUAAUAUGGAGGACCCGGUAAACCAGCCUAUUCCCUAUAAUGUAAACUCCAACAGAAAUAACUUCAAAUAAUUUGCACUCAUGACUACUGGUUUCAAUUAAAUGUUCAGCCAAAAUACAAGCAAAUUCUUAAUGAAUGUAUAGUUACAAAUCAGUUUGCAAGUUUACUAGUCUGCUAAUGUUAGCACUACCAGCCUGCUAACGUUACGUUAGCACUGCGUGAGUCAGCGUUGCUAUCAACACCUAGCUUACAGCUACAUUAAAGUAAACCAAGGUUUUGGAAAUACAUAACUCUUUGUCAGAAAACUAGCCUAGCUAGCCAACCACCAAGGUCGACAUAGCAAAGCGAGGAACCCCCAGAACACAACAAAAAAAGCCAGCAGAUAUAAAGCAGAGAGAGCGGAGACUUCAAAGAAGUGCCAAGGAGAGGCCUUCAGAGCGAUAGGCCAUUUCACCGGCCGAAGGAGAGUCGGGUAAUCCAAUAGAGAUAUACAGUGGGGGGAAAAAAGUAUUUAGUAAGCCACCAAUUGUGCAAGUUCUCCCACUUAAAAAGAUGAGAGAGGCCUGUAAUUUUCAUCAUAGGUACACGUCAACUAUGACAGACAAAAUGAGAAAAAAAAAUCCAGAAAAUCACAUUGUAGGAUUUUUAAUGAAUUUAUUUGCAAAUUAUGGUGGAAAAUAAGUAUUUGGUCAAUAACAAAAGUUUCUCAAUACUUUGUUAUAUACCCUUUGUUGGCAAUGACACAGGUCAAACGUUUUCUGUAAGUCUUCACAAGGUUUUCACACACUGUUGCUGGUAUUUUGGCCCAUUCCUCCAUGCAGAUCUCCUCUAGAGCAGUGAUGUUUUGGGGCUGUCGCUGGGCAACACGGACUUUCAACUCCCUCCAAAGAUUUUCUAUGGGGUUGAGAUCUGGAUACUGGCUAGGCCACUCCAGGACCUUGAAAUGCUUCUUACGAAGCCACUCCUUCGUUGCCCGGGCGGUGUGUUUGGGAUCAUUGUCAUGCUGAAAGACCCAGCCACGUUUCAUCUUCAAUGCCCUUGCUGAUGGAAAGAGGUUUUCACUCAAAAUCUCACGAUACAUGGCCCCAUUCAUUCUUUCCUUUACACGGAUCAGUCGUCCUGGUCCCUUUGCAGAAAAACAGCCCCAAAGCAUGAUGUUUCCACCCCCAUGCUGCACAGUAGGUAUGGUGUUCUUUGGAUGCAACUCAGCAUUCUUUGUCCUCCAAACACGACGAGUUGAGUUUUUACCAAAAAGUUAUAUUUUGGUUUCAUCUGACCAUAUGACAUUCUCCCAAUCCUCUUCUGGAUCAUCCAAAUGCACUCUAGCAAACUUCAGACGGGCCUGGACAUGUACUGGCUUAAGCAGGGGGACACGUCUGGCACUGCAGGAUUUGAGUCCCUGGCGGCGUAGUGUGUUACUGAUGGUAGGCUUUGUUACUUUGGUCCCAGCUCUCUGCAGGUCAUUCACUAGGUCCCCCCGUGUGGUUCUGGGAUUUUUGCUCACCGUUCUUGUGAUCAUUUUGACUCCACGGGGUGAGAUCUUGCGUGGAGCCCCAGAUCGAGGGAGAUUAUCAGUGGUCUUGUAUGUCUUCCAUUUCCUAAUAAUUGCUCCCACAGUUGAUUUCUUCAAACCAAGCUGCUUACCUAUUGCAGAUUCAGUCUUCCCAGCCUGGUGCAGGUCUACAAUUUUGUUUCUGGUGUCCUUUGACAGCUCUUUGGUCUUGGCCAUAGUGGAGUUUGGAGUGUGACUGUUUGAGGUUGUGGACAGGUGUCUUUUAUACUGAUAACAAGUUCAAACAGGUGCCAUUAAUACAGGUAACGAGUGGAGGACAGAGGAGCCUCUUACAGAAGAAGUUACAGGUCUGUAAGAGCCAGAAAUCUUGCUUGUUUGUAGGUGACCAAAUACUUAUUUUCCACCAUAAUUUGCAAAUAAAUUCAUUAAAAAUCCUACAAUGUGAUUUUCUGGAGAAAAAAAUUCUCAAUUUUUCUGUCAUAGUUGACGUGUACCUAUGAUGAAAAUUACAGGCCUCUCUCAUCUUUUUAAGUGGGAGAACUUGCACAAUUGGUGGCUUACUAAAUACUUUUUUCCGCCACUGUAGUGAGGUAAAUCCACAUUGAAUUUACCCAGUUUAUCUCCAUCACUGCUGACACCCACGAUGUACCGGUAGGUCGGUAGGAAAUAGAGGUUGCAUAUUAACGCUCGACACAACACCUGGUUUCAGUCAUAGUCUCAUUCCGAAUCCUGCCUUCCACUAGUUAUACUAAGCCAUCGAAGUCCUCCGGGGUGAAAUGAGCACCGCAUACAGUAGACGUGCGCACGGUUCCCAUACUUCAAUCCGCUCGCUUCAAUCGGACAAACCGGUCCCGCUUUGAAGCUAGCUUCUCGUUUUUGGGCUACAAAUGAGUCGUAACCCCGUCCUUGUGGGUAUUACUGCACUAGCUACGAAUGACGGAAAACUACUACAACGCUCGGUCGACUACCACUACCAAAUGCACAGGAGAAGAGGAGAUGCAGUUUUACGCAUGUAUUUAUAUGGUUUCUUCUUUGUGGAUGUACAUAGUAGUUCACCAGUGCUAACACUUGGUUUGGAAUGUAAUUACAUGCUAGCAUGGCUAGUAGCUAACGUUAGCCAGCUGGAACUAGCUAGGUAGCACUAUGAUGUUGAGAAAUUGUGCAUUGUGGGUAGUUCUGAAGAUAUCUGAAAAUAAGUUAAUAAAUAUGUAAAAAUGCUAAAACAUAACUAUGUUUGUAGUUAUAGGUAACCACAUCGUGACUACAACUAAGUCUUUGACCAGACUGUGUUGUUACUUUGAGUAAAAUGUAUGCUUCCUACACUUUUAAAAGUGAAUAAAACACAGCCUUGUUUAUGGAAACAGAGGACUGAAGCCAUGUAAUAAUUUUUCCCUUGUCAAUUUGUCUUUUCUACUUUUUGACACAUCCACUGAAAUAUUCCCAUGUUUUCAAGACAAUCAUUGCCAAACCACUGAUUUUAUUAAUCAAUCAUGUAACUGGGGUGCUUUCCAACAGCCUAUCAGUCAGUUGUCAGCUCAGCCUAUCUCCAGAACACCUGUGUACAUCUCAGUUGAAGUGUCUUUAAGUCCGAAAUGGCACCCUAUUCCCUUUAAAGGGGCACUACUUUUGACCAGGGCCCAUAGGUGCCAUUUGGGACACAGCCCACAUCAGUCUGACUGAGGAUUUAGGGAGCUCCGAAUGGGAUUCAGAACGUGAUACAAUGACACAACAUUGAGACAGACUGCUGCAUAUUCUGUCCCACACUCUAGGGACGGUGCUAGUGAGGUCAUGGGGAAGGACUUAAUGGUUUCCCCUUUUCAGCACUCUGGAUCUGUCAGUGUUCUGAUUGCACUCCAUCCACUCUUAGAGACCCCCCCCGGGAUGAUGUCAUAAUUAAUCGCCCUCGGUAGGGAAGUGUGUAGUCGCAGGUGCUCGUGAGCAGCUGUCUGACUGCCACCCCCACAGGGAAUCAUGAAUGAUGACUUUUUUCCCUCUGAGCAUGUUAGGACUUCUUGCUAAUGCCUUUAUGGUCAUGUUAUGGUUUUUAAGUGAAGUGGUCUGUGAUGUUUUCAGGUUUAGUUUAUUAGGAUCCCCAUUAGCUACUGUACAUGCAGCUGCUACUCUUCCCGGUGUCCACAUAAAACGUGCAAAUACAUGACAAAGUACAGAACAGUGAUAAACAAGAACAACAUAAGAUAUUACAUUAAAUAAAUAAUUAAAUAAGUUAUAUAUAUAUAGGAAAUAUAGGACACCAGGAGACAACAGAAAUACUAUUUACACACUAUUCUUAUAUACAGUAGGUGCUGUGAUACAUUUACAUUUUAGUCAUUUUAGCAGACGCUCUUAUCCAGAGCGACUUACAGUAGCAAUUAGGGUUUAGUGCCUUGCUCAAGGGCACAUCGACAGAUUUUUCACCUAGUCGGCUCGGGGAUUAGAACCAGCGACCUUUCGGUUACUGGCACUACGCUCUUAACCACUAAGCUACCUGCCGCCCUGAUACAAUAUGUUUUUUAAAGCUAAACUUGCUUUUUGCCUGAGUAACCUCUGGUGGCAAAGCAUUCCACGACGACAUGGCUCUAUACAUAACUGAGCGACAACAAAAUAACAAAAAAGAUGCACUGUUGUCAGACCUCGAAUAAUGCAAAGAAAAUAAGUUCAUGUUUAUUUUUAAACAACACAAUACUAAUGUUUUAACUAAGGAAGCAUUCAGAAAUCAAUAUUUGGUGGAAUAACCCUGAUUUUCAAUCACAGCUUUCAUGCCUCUUGGCAUGCACUCCACCAGUCUUUCACAUUGAUGUUGGGUGACUUUAUGCCACUCCUGGCGCAAAAAUUCAAGCAGCUCGGCUUUGUUUGAUGGCUUGUGACCAUCCAUCUUCCUCUUGAUCACAUUCCAGAAGUUUUCAAUGGGGUUCAGGUCUGGAGAUUGGGCUGGCCAUGACAGGGUCUUGAUCUGGUGGUCCUCCAUCCACACCUUGAUUGACCUGGCUGUGUGGCAUGGCGCAUUGUCCUGCUGGAAAAAAACAAUCCUCAGAGUUGGGGAACAAUGUCAGAGCAAAAGGAAGCAAGUUUUCUUCCAGGACAACCUUGUACGUGGCUUGAUUCAUGCGUCCUUCACAAAGACAAAUCUGCCCGAUUCCAGCCUUGCUGAAGCACCCCCAGAUCAUCACCGAUCCUCCACCAAAUUUCACAGUGGGUGCGAGACACUGUGGCUUGUAGGCCUCUCCAGGUCUCUGUCUAACCAUUAGACGACCAGGUGUUGGGCAAAGCUGAAAAUUGGACUCAUCAGAGAAGAUGACCUUACUCCAGUCCUCCACGGCCCAAUCCUAAUGGUAUUUUGCAAACCUCAGCCUGGCUCUUCUUUGCUUCUCAUUGAUGAAGGGCUUUGUUCUAGCUUUGCACGACUUCAGCCCUGCCCCUAGGAGCCUGUUUCGAACCGUCCUCGCCGUGCACUUCAUCCCAGCUGCCGUUUGCCAUUCUUUUUGUAGGUCACUUGAUGUCAUCCUAUGGUUGUUGAGUGACAUUCGAAUGAGUUGGUGGUCAUCCCGGUCAGUAGAGAGUUGUUUUCGCCCUCUGCCGGGUCUGUAGCUUUGUUGUCCCCAAUGUCUGCUGCUUGACCUUGUUCUUAUGAAUCGCCGUCUUUGAAAUUUUAAGGAUGGAAGCAACCUGACACUCACUGUAUCCCUCUGCCAGUAAAGCCAGAAUUGAACCCUUCUUUUCCUCACUCAAAACGGUCAAUAUUUAUGUUUUGAUUAAUAUUACUUUUGAGGUACUAUUAGCACAGUUUUUGCCAUCCAGCUGGUCCUAUUGCAAGCGGAUAGUGAUGGCCACAGCAGUGGAUUUUAUACUUUUCCUCGUUAAAUAAGAUUUGGUUCAUGUGAUCACCUAAUCAGUACCUAAUUCAGUAGAAUGAGGUGUGCCUGUGUUGGAAUUCAACAGACACUGGAAUGGAAUGGCUGUCAUACAUGUAGAAAUGCUAAUGUAAGAAAUAUUUGCAGUGGUCUCUUAAUUUUUUCCAGAGCUGUAUGUGUGUAUAUAUAUAUAUAUAUAUAUAUAUAUAUAUAUAUAUAUAUAUGAACACACACACCUUUAAAAAAUAUAUUUUCCUUGAUUAUUUUCCUUUAGCCCUACCACCCCUCCCCUAAUUGGAGUAUACUAAUGAACAGCAACACUUAGGCUUCUACUUCCAGCUGAUACAUACUAUAUACAUUUUACGGACACAGUAUAUUUUACAUUAGUUAUCUUGUUGUUAUUAGUCCCACCCUUCAGCUCCACUCAACCCCUCACAUCUAUCUCUUAACACAUCCAUAUUGAAUUUCGAUUUGCCAGAUAUUUUUCAACUGUGCUGUGACAAAAGGUUCUGAACCUUUCCAUUCUCAUGGUUUCGACAGAUUGUAAAUUAAAGGUAUACAUUUUUGCUAAAAGUGUUAUUAUAUUAUUGAUCGAUUGACUGACUGAGUUUUCAAAUCACCCAGUAGUGCUAUCUACAGAGUUAGCGGCAGGUAAAUGUUGCAAUUCUACAGUCAUUCCUUGACCUGCGACCAAAAAUAAGCUACAUAUGGACAGUACCAAAACUAAUGAUUGUCUCUUCGCAGCAAAAUCUACUGCAGCAAUAGAGCUGCGAUGGUUGUAGCCCUCAUAUAUAUAUAUAUAUAUAUAACGUUCUGUUGGUUGCAAUAAUUUUGUAUAAUCAUUUAAAUUGAAAAAUUCAAAGUUUUGAAUCCGGCGUCGUUUUGCGUAUGUGCCAUGGAAUCGGUACGUAGAAAAUCUCUUCCCAACUAUUUAGCAAUCUAUAUGGCACAGCUGUCACAUUUUUGGUCCUUAAAUGAAACUGGUAUAAUUUUUUAUUUAUCACAAUUUUCAUGAAACAAUUUUGGUCUUUAACGCAGGGCCGACAGACAAGUUCCUUACUUUUUCCCCCUUCCAGUUGCCUCUUCCAUGUUUUGCGGUAAUGCUGCAAUUAGUUGGUUGUAAUUUUGGGUAGAGCAGACAUGUCCAUAUAUUUGUUAGCUGCAUGUGUGACAACUCUACCAGUCCUAUUUAUGAUAUAAUUUACAAAGAUGAUACUUAUUUUAAUUUUAAUUUAUUUAUUAUAAUGGUUUUCUAUCAAUUAGUAUAUUUGAGUUGAACCACAAUAUUUGUUGUAUUAUUUGUUCUGUCUUUUCUGGUGGAUUAAACUGAAAUUGCAACCAACUUUCUAUGGCUUGUAUUAAAAAUAGCUAUAUUUUGGAGAUGAUUUCAUUUUCAAAUAACCGAAAGUGAGAGGUUGUAAUCUGAAUAAAGGGAAAAGGGCCAUUCUAGAACAUGGGGUGAGACAUUCUUACUAAUCUGCUAGAGAACCAGUUGGGAUUUAAGUAUAACUUUUGUAUGACUGAUGCCUUUAGUGAGAUGUCUGAUGCUUUAAUAUUUAAUUAUUUCUGCCCUCCGAAUUCAUAUUCAUUAUAUAAAUAGGUCUGUUUAAUUUUGUCUGGCUUGCCAUUCCAAAUCAAAUUGAAUAUUUUUUGCUCAUAUAAUUAAAAAAACAGGUCGCUAGGUGUAGGCAAGACCAUAAGCAAAUAGGUAAACUGGGAUAUGACUGAAGAGUUAAUCAGGGUGAUUUUUCCACAAAUAGACAGGUCUUUUAUUUUCCAUGGUAGCAAGAUCUUAUCUAUUUUUGCUAACUUUCUAUUAAAAUGUGUGUAGUGAGAUCAUUUAUUUAUUUCCGCAUAUGUAUACCGAGUAUGUCCACAUCACCGUCAGAUCAUUUUAUUGGUCAACUACACAGUAAUGUAAAAGUUGUGUUUUUUUGUGAUCCAAUACGUGAUUUAGUACACUUAUCAUAAUUUGGUUGUAAUCCAGAGAGGUUAGAAAAAUAAUCUAGAUACUCUGAGGCUGUGGAGGGAUCCAAAUUGUGGAUUUAAAAGAAAACAACAUGAAUCAUCAGCGUACAAUGACACCUUUUGUUUUCAAGCCCUGGAUUUCUAACCCCUUGAUAUUAUUGUUGUAUCUGAUUUUAAUAGCUAACAUUUCGAUGGCCAUAAUAGAUAUGCCGAUAGUGGACAACCUUGUUUUACUCCUCUUGACAGUUUAAUACUUUCUGAGUAGUAGCCAUUAUUUACUAUUUUACACCUAGGGUUUCUAUACUUAACUUUAACCACAUUUUAUAAGAGAUUCUCCAAAAUUGAAAUAUUCCAGGCAUUUAUAUGUAUUUAAAUUCCAGUCGUACUUUAUCAAAAACCUUUUCAAAGUUGGCUAUGAAUACCAGGACUAGUUUCCCAGAUUUUUCAUAGUGUUCUAUUGUUUCCAGUACUUGUCUCACAUUAUCUCCAAUGUAUCGUCCAUGUAAAAAAACCUGUCUGGUUAGGAUUAAUAAUAUGGACUGGAUCUUUAUAUUUACCACUUGGAUCCUGUUUCAGUAAUAAUGAAAUCAGACCUUGUUGAGUAUCUGAUAAUCUACUAUUUUUAUAGGAGUGGUUAAAACAUACUAAUAACGUUCCUGGAGUUUCACCGGACUUAAAGGCUUUAAUUGCAUCAAGAAGUUCCUCUUUCUGUACAGCUGUUAAUUUUACAUUAUUAAUAGAAAAAAAAUCCAUACAAUUAACUUUGGUUAGUGGAGAUGGGGGAGAAUGAAACGAAAACAGAUGCUUAAAGUACUUUGCUUCCUCUUUGAAAAUGUUUUUUGGUGAAUCAUGGGUGACUCCAUUUGUAACAAGUUUCAGUAAAUUAUCUGUAAUUAUUUUAAUAUGUGCCUUUAGAGGCCAUGCAAUUCAGUACUCAUCUCUAAAACAAAAGCAAUGUAGGUCAAAAGAGUCCAUAUUAAGAAAGGAAAUGGAAGGACUAACAGUACAGAUGGAUAGCAAUAAAAACUGUACCAUAGAGGCACAGAAUAAGUUAGAGGAAAAACUAAAAGAAAUGAAGGAACCUAUUCAAGAAAGAUCAAGUGUAAUAUAUUAUGAAAAUAAAUGGAACUGGAUGGAAUAUGGGGAAAAAUGCACCAAAUUAUUUUUUAAUCUUCAACAUAGAAAUGCUACCCAUACAAUAAGGGGAUCUGCUAUGUUUUUAUGUCAGAAAAAGUAAGUUAUAAAUUAUUCUAUCCUAGUUAAAAACAAGUUAUCACCCGAUAGGCUUUGGUAAAAUUUUCAAUAUCCUCGCCCAUAUGGAAAUUCUGUAAGAGUAAUGUAUAUGCCAAUUUAUUUGAUGGUCCGACCACAUUCUGUCCUCUAUCAACACUGUUUAAACUUUUGGUGCCAGCGAGAAUGACAUAAGAAAGUAGUCAAGACGACUAUCUUGAUUGAGCCUCCGCCAUGUAUAUCUCACUAGGUCAGGAUAUUUAAGCCUCCAUAUAUCAAACAAUAUAUCCAUGACAUUCGUGAAUUCCUUAAGUGCAUGCGGGAGAUAGUUUGUAGUGUGAUUUCCUUUACGGUCCAUUGAGGUUUUUAAACCGUAUUAUAAUCUCCCACCAUAAUAAUAGAGUCUUGUAUUGCUUGUAGGUUUGAUCAAUUAUUAUAUUUUCAAAGAAGCAUGGAUCAUCAUUAUUUGGGCUGUAUAGAUUAAUGAGCCAUAUCUGUUUAUGGUCCAAUAACAUAUUUAAAAUCAUCCAUCUACCUUGCCGAUCUGUUUGGACAGUUUGCACAUUCGGAUCAAAAUUAUUGUUAAUUAAUAUCAUCACCCCUUUUGAGUUUCUUUCCCCAUGGGAUAAGUAUAUUUGCCCCCCCCCACCCCCCCACCCCCCAGUCCUUCUCCACACAACUUCAUCUAAAAUUGUCGAAUGAGUUUCCUGUAAACCUCGUCCUCACCUCGACUUGUAUUGUAUAUAGUUAUAAAAAAAUAUAUACAGUACCAGUCAAAAGAUUGGACACAGCUACUCAUUUAUUUGUACUAUUUUCUACAUUGUAGAAUAAUAGUGAAGACGUCAAACCUAUGAAAUAACACAUAUGGAAUCAUGUAGUAACCAAAAACAUGUUAAACAAAUCAAAAUAUUUUAUAUUUGAGAUUCUUCAAAGUAGCCACUCUUUGCCUUGAUGACAGCUUUGCACACUCUUGGCACUCUCUCAACCAGCUUCAUGAGGUAGUCACCUGGAAUGCAUUUCAAUUAACAGGUGUGCCUUGUUAAAAGUUAAUUUGUGGAAUUUCUUUCCUUAAUGCGUUUGAGCCAGUCAGUUGUGUUGUGACAAGGUAGGGUUGGUAUAUGGAAGAUGGCCCUAUUUGGUAAAAGACCAAGUCCAUAUUAUGGCAAGAACAGCAUAAAGGCCCCGUGUAGCUCAGUUGGUAGAGCAUGGAGCUUGCAAUGCCAGGGUUGUGGGUUUGUUUCCCACGGGGGGCCAGUAUGAAAAUGUAUGCACUCACUAACUGUAAGUCGCUCUGGAUAAGAGCGUCUGCUAAAUGACUAAAAUGUAAAAAUGUGAAAUAAAUAAGCAAAGAGAAACGACAGUCCAUCGUUACUAUAAGACAUGAAGGUCAGUCAAUCCGGAAACUUUCAAGAACUUUGAAAGAUUCUUCAAGUGCAGUCGCAAAAACCAUCAAGCGCUAUGAUGAAACUGGCUCUCAUGAGGACCGCCAAAGGAAAGGAAGACCCAGAGUUACCUCUGCUGCAGAGGAUAAGUUUAUUAGAGUUACCAGCCUCAGAAAUCGGCAAUUAACUGCACCUCAGAUUGCAGCCCAAAUAAAUGCUUCACAGAGUUCAAGUAACAAACAUAUCUCCACAUCAACUGUUCAGAGGAUACUGCGUGAAUCAGGCCUUCAUGGUCAAAUUGCUGCAAAGAAACCACUACUAAAGGACACCAAUAAGAAGAAGAUACUUGCUUUGGUCAAGAAACAUGAGCAAUGGACAUUAGACCGGUGGAAAUGUGUCCUUUUGGUCUGGAGUCCAAAUGUGAGAUUUUUAUUUCCAACUGCCGUGUCUCUGUGAGACGCAGAGUAGGUGAACGGAUGAUCUCCGCAUGUGUGGUUCCCACCGUGAAGCAUGGAGGAGGAGGUGUGAUGGUGUGGGGGUGCUUUGCUGGUGACACUGUCUGCGAUUUAUUUAGAAUUAAAGGCACACUUAACCAUCAUGGCUAGCACAGCAUUCUGCAGCGAUAUGCCAGCCCAUAUGGUUUGCGCUUAGUGGGACUAUUAUUUGUUUUUCAACAGGACAAUGACCCAAAACACACCUCCAGGCUGUGUAAGGGCUAUUUGACCAAGAAGAAGAGUGAUGGAGUGCUGCAUCAGAUGACCUGGCCUCCACAAUCACCUGACCUCAACCCAAUUGAGAUGGUUUGGGAUGAGUUGGACCGCAGAGUGAAGGAAAAGCAGCCAACAAGUGCUCAGCAUAUGUGGGAACUCCUUCAAGACUGUUGGAAAAGCAUUCCAGGUGACUACCUCAUGAAGGUGGUUGAGGGAAUGCCAAGAGUGUGCAAAGCUGUCAUCAAGGCAAAGGGUAGCUAUUUGAAGAAUAUAAAAUUUAUUUUGAAUUGUUUAACACUUUUUUUGGUUACUACAUUAUUCCAUAUGUGUUAUUUCACAGUUUUGAUGUCUACACUAUUAUUCUGCAAUGUAGAAAAUAGUAAAAAUAAAGAAAAACCCUUGAAUAAGUAGGUGUGUGUAAACAUUUGACUGGUACUGUAUAUUUAAAAAAUCUUGCGUAUCUUAAUUUCCACAAUUAACUAAUAAUAUGCGUAAUCAUGUAGGCAGUUCAUGCGAAGGAUUGUUACCUAUGGCCAGGAUUGGCAAGCAAUUAUUAUUUUAGCAAACAUAAUUACCCCAUACAACACUCGACCCCUUUCCCCCCACAAACAACCACAAGCUCAGAUGUUCAAAUGUUGUUCCAUCCCCGAGCCCAAGUCAACAAUUGACUUGAUGUGCGAAUUCAUAUGCAGUUGCAGCUGUUUGAGAAGGCAUGCAAAAUUAAGCAUAAAUUGGUAGAUUUGAUUAACCAAUGUCAAGUCCUAGCUGAUGGAGAUCAGAUACACCCCCUUCCCCUGAAACACACACAUGCUGGUCCCCCGUUGUGACCAUUUUCCUAAGCAACUCUGUGCAUUCAGACCUUUGAUUAUUUUGUGCAACCAGGGCCACAAUAAUUUGCCCCCUCUCUGAUUGUCCGAGUGACCCCCUCCCCAUGCGUUACUGCAGCUAGUGUUGCCAGCACUGCCACUACCUGGAUGGUGGCACCCCACCGGAAUUCCCACCGGCUAGGUACAAGGAUGUCAAGGUUCUCAUUAGCAGCUUUGAGAAAUUCUUUGUAUAUUAUGCUCACCCAUCAGGGGGCUUUGGCUUUGUAGGACCAACCCUGCCAGGCAGGCUCAGAAUCUUGAGGGGGCGGUGCUGCUUUAGUGGGUCUCUGACCGCAUUUAUCGUUCUGUUUUGGCUGUGAAUAGGCUACUUGCAGUAGGCCCAUAAAACAGAUAAGGAUGUCACCUUAGUGUAUGGGUCGCUCAGGUGGGUGUCUAGGGUAUAGGGUUGGGGACCGUUCCAUCAUGAUAGGACAAUAAAUAAAUAAACUAUAUUUAAAAUUAAUUUAUAAAUGUAUUUCCCAUAUCUGCACAAAAUUGAAAGCUCUCUCACAACCCCUGCUCGCGCACACGCAUGGGCUCUGGGAUUUGCAACCAUUUUCCUUUUUCACUCACUUAACUCCACACUUUUCCAAACACAAAAACGUACACCCCACCUUCCAUCACUACACCCGCACAUACCCACAUACUGUGCCUAUAUGUCCUCUAUUUGCUAUGUUUUUAUCCCUACCAUGUUGAUUCUGAGUACUUUUGUGUUCCAGUUCCUUAUAUUUUAAGAUGUAUUAUUUAGCUAAUUAUCCUUUCUUCUAAUGCUGUCUUAUCUAUUUAUAAAAUACUAUAAAUAGAAAGUCAAAUGCAAAUAAUUUUACAACAUUCCUUAUCUUGAAUGGUAUAGUGUAGUUUAUUUAUUUAUCAAUUGGUGUAGUUUGUUUUCCUAUAUAUUUUGAUAUGACAAUCCCUACCAUGUAUAGGAUUGGGUGUUCUAUUAUUCGACUCCUCUAUGGGAAUUUUGUAAUAUUUUGAAUAGCCAUGGAGUAGUCUUGGUGUCUCGGAACAUUUGGUUAUCAAUAUAUAGUUUAUCGACUACAAGAGCUAUACAUUUCCCUUUUAAUCUAUUCUCCUUGAAGAGUGGGUACAGAACUUUGCGCCAUUCUGCAAUUUCCUUCGGGAAUCGCACUCCACUCUGCCCUUUCCCACCUGGACAAAAGGAACACCUAUAUGAGAAUGCUGUUCAUUGACUACAGCUCAGCGUUCAACACCAUAGUGCCCACAAAGCUUAUCACUAAGCUAAGGACCCUGGGACUAAACACCUCCCUCUGCAACUGGAUCCUGGACUUCCUGACGGGCCGCCCCCAGGUGGUAAGUGUAGGCAACAACACAUCUGCCACGCUGAUCCUCAACACGGGGGCCCCUCAGCGGUGCGUGCUUAGUCCCCUCCUGUACGCCCUGUUCACCCACGACUGCGUGGCCAAGCACGACUCCAACACCAUCAUUACGUUUGCUGACGACACAACGGUGGUAGGCCUGAUCACCGACAACGAUAAGACAGCCUAUAGGGAGGAGGUCAGAGACCUGACAGUGUGGUGCCAGGACAAAAACCUCUCCCUCAACGUGAGCAAGACAAAGGAGAUGAUCGUGGACUAUAGGAAAAGGAGGGCCGAACACGCCCCCAUUAACAUCGACGGGGCUGUAGUGGAGCGGGUCGAGAGUUUUUCCAGUUCCUUUGGUGUCCACAUCACCAACAAACUAUCAUGGUCCAAACACACCAAGACAGUCGUGAAGAGGGCACGACAACGCCUUAUCCCCCUCAGGAGACUGCAAAGAUUUGGCUUGGGUCCCCAGAUCCUCAAAAGGUUAUACAGCUGCACCAUCGAGAGCAUCCUGACCGGUUGCAUCACCGCCUGGUAUGGCAACUGCUCGGCAUCCGACCAUAAGGCGCUACAGAGGGUAGUGCAUACAGCCCAGUACAUCACUGUGGCCAAGCUUCCUGCCAUGCAGGACCUAUUACUAGGCGUGUCAGAGGAAGGCCCAAAAAAUGGUCAAAGACUCCAGUCACCCAAGUCAUAGACUAACCCUUACCGCACGGGAUGCGGUACCGGAGCGCCAAGUCUAGGUCCAAAAGGCUCCUUAACAGCUUCUAACCCCAAGCCAUAAGACUGCUGUACAAUUAACAAAUCGCCACCCGGACUAUUUGCAUUGAGACCCCCCACCUUUGUUUUUAUAUUGCUGCUACUCGCUGUUUAUUGUCUAUGCAUAGUUACUUUACCCCUACCUACAUGUACAAAUUACCUCAACUAAGUUGUACCCCCGCACAUUGACUCGGUACCGGUACCCCCUGUAUAUAGCCUCAUUAUUAAUUUUUUACUUUAGUUUAUUGAGUAAAUAUUUUCUUAACUUUAUUUUCUUAACUGCAUUGUUGGUUAAGGGCUUGUAAGUAAGCAUUUCACGGCGCAUGUGACAUGUUGUAUUCGGCGCAUGUGACAAAUACAAUUUGAUUUGAUUUGAACUGAUCAUUCAUGCCUAUUUUCGUUCCAGCGAGUCCUUUAACAUUUACAUUUUAGUCAUUUAGCAGACGCUCUUAUCCAGAGUACAUACAUUUUCAUACUGGCCCCCCGUGGGAAACGAACCCACAACCCUGCAGUUGCAAGCGCCAUGCUCUACCAACUGAGCUACAGGGGACUUUUAACCAUUAUUUUAUCUUUGAAGAAUGCAAAUUUGGCAAAGAUUGGGCGCUCAUAUCUCUCUCCUCUCUGUCCGAAAUGGUGUACACGUUUGAGUUGGAUUUUGUCGACAGCAACCACAGGGAUCUGUAGCAAUGUAAGAAAUAAUUAUUUCAUCACACUUUCAGGAUAUUCCCCCUCUUUUUCUUUGAUACCAGUAAGUACCAGAUUUUCUCUCAUAGAUCUAGUCUGUGUGUCAAGUGAGGCUUCUCUCAGAAACAUGUUCUCCUUUUUAAGUUCAUUAACGUCCGUUUCAAUCUUAUUGACUGUACCUUUUAGCUUGUUUCUUUCUUUCUCCGUUGUCGCAGCUUUUUCGUCACUCAUCUCGAGGCUCGCCUUCAACUCCUUUUAUAUCUUUGCUGACGAAUUCAAGUAUGUCCAGUUCAUCAUUUAUCGACUUCAACAGAUCGGUUUCCACCCUUACCAUUCCCGGUGGUAAAAAGCAUAAAUCGUCUGUAUUCGUCAAGGAGUCGCUUUUUCUUCUGGGGAUUGGUUCUCCAUGUUUACUCUCUGUCAUGUUUGGGUGUUGUUUGUUUUGGUAAUAUCGGUUGAUACAUUUCUCUAGCCUUAUAAUUUGUUUUGUGUUGUUAUCCAGAUUGAAGGUUAUUACCCACGAGUAUGUGGAGUGAAGUGCUAAUAUUUAGUCUAACUUACAGAUAUUGAAUAUUAUGUUUUUUAUCUUGAGGCGAUCUGCACUUCUGUGUUCAGUCCGCCAUCUUACCUCCCUGCUGAUUCUGCCUGCUGGUAUUCAAACGUACCUGAUGGAUGCGCGUAAUAUACAUAAUAUAAGCAUAUACAAUUUCAGUAGCACAUGUCUUAGAGUGAUGGACUCCACAAUGGAUUAGUCCACUCAGACAGGUGCGAAUCAGACAGGUGUCUUGUACACAAUGAAAAAAAUAAUUUGUUUAUACUACUGCUCGACAAAAUAAAUCUCGGACGACCAACAGCCUAUCGACCAAACAAUCGACCAUUCGACUAAAUGGAGUCAGCCCUAAUUUGUUCAAACACAAUUCUCCCCAUCAGUUUACUAAAAAAAGGCAUCAAACUGAUUGUGUGGCUGUUAGAGCCAGCAAAGGGUUCUUUACUAUUUUUAGGUAGUGGAAGUACUUUAGCUUCCUUCCACGCCUGUGGACACAAACUCCUUUAGGCUUUGGUUAAAGACAUGGCAAAUAGGGGUGGCAAUAGUCUGCUACCAUUCUCAAUAGUUUUCGAUCUAAGUUGUAUAUACCUGGUGGCUUAUCAUUUAUUGAUGGAUAACAACUGUUUAUCCACCUCUUACAUAAAAACUUGACAAAAUUCAAAACGCAAUCCUUCUCUUUCCUUAUUAGAUCUUUAAUACACAAAUAUGAUGGUUCACUGAUAAAUGUUGUCAUUUUACUUAUCAGUUUGUCCACUUUAACAGCUGGAAUAGUCAUUUAAAUGACUGGCUAUGUCAAAAGAUUUUGUUAUAAAUGACCCAUCAACUUCAAUGAACGAUGAAGAUGAAUUGGGUUUCUGCCCAUAAUAUCACUUAAGGUGCUCCAAAGUAUUUUAUUAUAGUUUUUUAUGUCAAUUAUCUUGUUUUAAUAAUAUAAUUUUGUUUAGUCACACAUUUUCUAAAUUGACAGUAUGUGAACCAAUCAGCUGAGCAACCUGACUUGUUAGAUACCUUUUUUUGCAUAAUUUAUUUGAACCAUACCAUUUUUUUAAUUAAUCAUCGAUCCAGGGGGCUCUAACAGUUCUCACAGUUAGUUUCUUAAAAGGUGCAUGUUGUCAACAAUUGACAAUAAUAAUUGUACAAAUACUCCAAGUGCUGUAUCUGGAUUCUCCUCCUUAUACUCCUCCAGGUGACCAUCGUUGACACAGGGGUGAGGGGGAUGAUUGCUGUUGGCCUGGUGCCUCAGUACUACAAGCUGGACCAUCAGCCUGGCUGGCUCCCGCACUCAGUGGCCUACCAUGCUGACGAUGGCAAGUAUGUGUCGGGCCCCUUCUUAGCUCUAAAAAAUAUGUUUCUCCACGCUCUAAAAUCUCCUCUGUUUCAAACAAAGUUUUGAAUAUAGCUCAACAUUCCAGCAUCAGUUUGGGAUAACGUCAAUGGUAUAGUCUAAAAGGGAAAAUAGAAAUAGGUUUAAUGUUACUCAAAAUGAAAGAAUAACAGAUUUAUUUUGAACGUUCCACAUCACCACUUUAUGAACAUUUGACUUAAGUUGAGAAUCACUACUGGGCCUUGUGUUGUGAAGACUUACAAUCAGGUCUAUAAUUAUUGGCACCCUUGAUAAAGAUGAGCACAAAAUACUGUAUAAAAUAAAUAAUGCAAAUACUGAACUACAUUGUAUGCUCCAAAAAAUUGGGAAAUUAUAUUUUUUUAUACUAAUACAAUUGCUCAAAGAAAGAGAUUUCGUAUAACAAGUAAUCAAAAAAGAUGGUUUCAAUACUCUAGCACCCUCCCCUUGCGAGGAUAACGACACUGAGCCUUUUUCUAAAAUGUUUUAUGGUUUUUUCAGAUCCUUGAUAUCCUUCGUCUGCUCUUAUGGACUGCCCUCUUCAAUUCAAUCCAAAGGUUUUCAAUGGGGUUUGGAGACCGAGAUGGCUAUUGCAAAGUGUUGCUUUUAGGGCUGUCCCCGACAAAAAAAUCUUGGUCGACCAAGAUUGGUCGAAAUGUUUACAAUUAUUUUCCAUAUAUAGACAGACACACCCUAUGUGUUUGAAUAAAACCAACUACAUAUGCACUGAGCUUGUUUGAUGCUUUAAGCACACUGUUUGAUUAAAUAAUAUAAGACACACAAAUGACAGUUUAAAAAAAUGACAGCGUGUGCCUGUGUGACUGGAGCACGAUGUCUCCCUCUCCUCCCUACUGCGGAGAAAAGGCACCACAGCAAGUGUUUAUUGUGCUGUCUGUGGUGAAGCUCCCGAGUGGCGCAGUGGUCUAAGGCACUGUAUUGCAGUGCUAGCUGUGCCAUUAGAGAUCCUGGUUUGAAUCCAGGCUCUGUCGUAGCCGGCCGCGACUGGUAGACCCAUGGGGCGGCGCACAAUUGGCCCAGCGUCGUCCAGGAUAGGGGAGGGAAUGGCCGGCAGGGAUGUAGCGCAGUUGGUUGAGCAUGGCGUUUGCAACGCCAGGGUUGUGGGUUCGAUUAUGUUACCGAAAUCCAUCAUUUGUUUAGGAAAAACAUUCCCUAUUCCCUCAACCCUUACUCUUUGUACGUGAAACAUGUUGCAUGCACGUGACCAAUGGGGCCUGACCUAUAGCCUAUCAUAAUCACCUCCAAUAAAUUGGUUAUAACAAACUCCAAACACAGUAAUGUCGACAGCUAAAUGAAUGCAGAGGACAUGAAAAAGAAACUUGAAGCAGGCGAAUGUUUACUGGUUGCUCAGGAGGGAAAGGGGAAGUCAGAUCUGUGGAAGACAUUUGACUUCGUUGUGGAAAUUACUGGAGAUCAAGAAAAAGGAGGGUAUAGGAGCAAGUGUUGCGUGAGUAUUAUGUGUGCAAACAGUUGCUGUUAGAUUACAAUAUCAUAUUAGAAAUCUCCUUGCUUUCGAAAGAAAAGCAAUUUUUUUUGUCCAUUAAAAUAACAUCAAAUUGAUCAGAAAUACAGUGUAGACAUUGUUAUAUCUACAUAGGCGUACAGAGGCCCAUUAUCAGCAACCAUCAGUCCUGUGUUCCAAUGGCAUGUUGUGUUUGCUAAUCCAAGUUUAUCAUUUUAAAAGGCUAAUUGAUCAUUAGAAAACCCUUUUGCAAUUAUGCUAGCACAGCUGAAAACUGUUGUGCAGAUUAAAGAAGCAAUAAAACUGGCCUUCUUGAGACUAGUUGAGUAUCUGGAACAUCAGCAAAUGUGGGUUCGAUUACAGGCUCAAAAUGGCCAGAAACAAAUAACUUUCUUCUGAAACUCAUCAGUCUAUUCUUGUUCUGAGAAAUGAAGGCUAUUCCAUGCGAGAAAUUGCCAAGAAACUGAAGAUCUCGUACAGCGCUGUGUACUACUCCCUUCACAGAACAGAGCAAACUGGCUCUAACCAGAAUAGAAAGAGGAGUGGGAGGCCCCGGUGCACAACUGAGCAAGAGGACAAAUACGUUAGUGUCUAGUUUGAGAAACAGGCGCCUCACAGGUCCUCAACUGGCAGCUUCAUUACAUAGUACCCGCAAAUCACCAGUCUUAACGUCAACAGUGAAGAGGCGACUCCGGGAUGCUGACCUUCUAGGCAGAGUUGCAAAGAAAAAGCCAUAUCUCAGACAGACCAAUAAAAAUAAAAUAUUAAGAUGGGCAGUCUGAGACUGGUGUUUGAUGAUCAUAAUAAUAAUUGUAAUAACAAUAAGAAGGAGAUCAAGAAAAAUGAGGGUAUAGGAGCGAGAGCUGUGUGCAUAUUAUGUGUGACAAACAAGUGCUGUUAGAUGACUAUUAUUUUUCUGCCUGUUUGGAACAGUGUAAACAACACUAAAUAAAGUAUAAGUAAUACCAGUCUGUUCUAACAAAAAUAUAUGUUUAAAGCCUUUAUUACAGCAUAACAAAUAUUAAAAACAGCCAGAUCUGUGAAAUUGCUUUAUCCGACAUUUUGUCGUUGCGUGAGGCUUGGUGCUCACGGAAUCAGUAGGCUAUUAAACAAACACUCAAACAGGCAACAGAAGCAAGAUCGGUCUUAUUUCUGCAGAUAUAUAUGGGUGAUUUAUAAAGCCAGGCACAUUUGAGCAAUUAGGCUAUUGAUUAUAGACCUAAUUAAGUUGGGGGUUUGUGCUCUCCUCAAUUUUCUUAGACAAUUAGGCUAAGCCCUAUUUGCACAGGACUAGUAUUACUAGAGAACGUUGGUUAUGUCAUUAUUACCCCAGAAUGUCCGUUAUUCCAGAGGACAAUUCGGACGGGAUUCGUUUUUUCCAAACUUUUUUUUAUUCCAAUAAAUUGACAGUUAUGACCGAAGCCUGGAGGUUCUAGGCCUGAAGAUAUUUCAACAAGUCCAGGCGAUAACAGGGCUACACUGAUAACUCCAGCUUGGUUCCCAAGUUUCUAAACCAUACCAAACCGUCUUUGGUAUAGUGUCGCCAUAAUAUUUGAAUUGAGGAAGUGUGAUCAUAAUCAUUAGGAUAUUUUAGCGAUCCGCAGUAGACGUCCUAAAUACCCCCCAUUAAUAGGCACAAUAUUCUUUACUGAUGCACUUGCCAAUAUUCAAUUCAUAUGAACAAAAGCAUUGACUGUGAAAGUUGAUACAUGUAGGCCCUUCAUAUAUAGGUUAUGCGCAGCACUUCAUUUAAUUUAUCGACUCAGUAAUUGUUUUUGUACUCAAAUUGUGAACAUCACCUGUCAAACUCAGACAUUUCUCUCAAAACACAGGGAUGUCGAUUCACACGGGACUAGUAUUAUCAGAGGACCUUGGAGUUUGCAAAAAAACAGUAGGUUAUUCUGGCUUUAAUUGUGACUCUCCUACCAUGUACAAAUUACUGACAUGGCAGAUUUGGACAGGACUAAAAUGACAGAUGUGGUGUUUUGUGCUUGUGCACAUAAUUACAUUACCCGACCACCCCCAGUAAAACAAAUCCCGUCUGAAUAGGGCUUUAGGCAAGGGGUGUUUCCUCUUCUCUGCUGCCUCCGCGGCAUUGUUCUCAAUGCCAAUAUGCUGGUUAAUUUUGCUAUUAUGCACAUACAGUGACUUGCGAAAGUAUUCACCCCCCUUGAUAUUUUUCCUAUUUUGUUGCCUUACAACCUGGAAUUAAAAUUGAUUUUUUGGGUGGGUUUUAUCAUUUGAUUUACACAACAUGCCUACCACUUUGAAGAUGCAAAAUAUGUUUUAUUGUAAAACAAACAAGAAAUAAGACAAAAAACAGAGCUUGAGCAUGCAUAAAUAUUCACCCCCCCAGAGUCAAUACUUUGUAGAGCCACCUUUUGCAGCAAUUACAGCUGCAAGUCUCUUGGGGUAUGUCUCUAUAAGGUUGGCACAUCUAGCCACUGGGAUUCUUGCACAUUCUUCAAGGCAAAACUGCUCCAGCUCCUUCAAGUUGGAUGGGUUCCGCUGGUGUACAGCAAUCUUUAAGUCAUACCACAGAUUCUCAAUUGGAUUGAGGUCUGGGCUUUGACUAGGCCAUUCCAAUACAUUUAAAUGUUACCCCUUAAACCACUCAAGUGUUGCUUUAGCAUUAUGCUUAGGGUCAUUGUCCAGCUGGAAGGUGAACCUCCGUCCCAGUCUCAAAUCUCUGGAAGACUGAAACAGGUUUCCCUCAAGAAUUUCCCUGUAUUUAGCGCCAUCCAUCAUUCCUUCAAUUCUGACCAGUUUCCCAGUCCCUGCUGAUGAAAAACAUCCCCACAGCAUGAUGCUGCCAUCACCAUGCUUCACUGUAGGAAUGGUGUUCUCGGGGUGAUGAGAGGUGUUGGGUUUGCGCCAGACAUAGCGUUUUCCUUGAUGGCCAAAAAGCUCAAUUUUAGUCUCAUCUGACCAGAAUACCUUCUUCCAUAUGUUUGGGGAGUCUCCCACAUGGCUUUUGGUGAACACCAAACGUGUUUGCUUAUUUAUUUUCUUUAAGCAAUGGCUUUUUUCUGGCCACUAUUCCAUGAAGCCCAGCUCUGUGGAGUGUACGGCUUAAAGUGGUCCUAUGGACAGAUACUUCAAUCUCUACUGUGGAGCUUUGCAGCUCCUUCAGGAUUUUUAAUGAAUUUAUUUGCAAAUUAUGGUGGAAAAUAAGUAUUUGGUCACCUACAAACAAGCAAGAUUUCUGGCUCUCACAGACCUGUAACUUCUUCUUUAAGAGGCUCCUCUGUCCUCCACUCGUUACCUGUAUUCAUGGAACCUGUUUGAACUUGUUAUCAGUAUAAAAGACACCUGUCCACAACCUCAAACAGUCACACUCCAAACUCCACUAUGGCCAAGACCAAAGAGCUGUCAAAGGACACCAGAAACAAAAUUGUAGACCUGCACCAGGCUGGGACGACUGAAUCUGCAAUAGGUAAGCAGCUUGGUUUGAAGAAAUCAACUGUGGGAGCAAUUAUUAGGAAAUGGAAGACAUACAAGAACAUUUACAUUACAUUUUAGUCAUUUAGCAGACGCUCUUAUCCAGAGCGACUUACAGUUAGUGAAUACAUACUUUUUUUUAUACUGGCCCCCCGUGGGAAUCGAACCCACAACCCUGGCGUUGCAAACGCCAUGCUCUAUCAACUGAGCUACAUCCCUGCCGGCCAUUCCCUCCCCUACCCUGGACGACGCUGGGCCAAUUGUGCGCCGCCCAUGAGUCUACCGGUCGCGGCCGGCUGCGACAGAGCCUGGAUCUCUAGUGGCACAGUUAGCACUGCGAUGCAGUGCCUUAGACCACUGCGCCACUCAGGAGAACUGAUAAUCUCCCUCGAUCUGGGGCUCCACGCACGAUCUCACCCCGUAGGGUCAAAAUGAUCACAAGAACGGUGAGCAAAAAUCCCAGAACCACACGGGGGGACCUAGUGAAUGACCUGCAGAGAGCUGGGACCAAAGUAAAAAAGCCUACCAUCAGUAACACACUACGCCGCCAGGGACUCAAAUCCUGCAGUGCCAGACGUGUCCCUCUGCUUAAGCCAGUACAUGUCCAGGCCCGUCUGAAGUUUGCUAGAGUGCAUUUGGAUGAUCCAGAAGAGGAUUGGGAGAAUGUCAUAUGGUCAGAUGAAACCAAAAUAGAACUUUUUGGUAAAAACUCAACUCGUCGUGUUUGGAGGACAAAGAAUGCUGAGUUGCAUCCAAAGAACACCAUACCUACUGUGAAGCAUGGGGGUGGAAACAUCAUGCUUUGGGGCUGUUUUUCUGCAAAGGGACCAGGACGACUGAUCCGUGUAAAGGAAAGAAUGAAUGGGGCCAUGUAUCAUGAGAUUUUGAGUGAAAACCUCCUUCCAUCAGCAAGGGCAUUGAAGAUGAAAUGUAGCUGGGUCUUUCAGCAUGACAAUGAUCCCAAACACACCGCCCGGGCAACGAAGGAGUGGCUUCGUAAGAAGCAUUUCAAGGUCCUGGAGUGGCCUAGCCAGUCUCCAGAUCUCAACCCCAUAGAAAAUCUUUGGAGGGAGUUGAAAGUCUGUGUUGCCCAGCGACAGCCCCAAAACAUCACUGCUCUAGAGGAGAUCUGCAUGGAGGAAUGGGCCAAAAUACCAGCAACAGUGUGUGAAAACCUUGUGAAGACUUACAGAAAACGUUUGACCUGUGUCAUUGCCAACAAAGGGUAUAUAACAAAGUAUUGAGAAACUUUUGUUAUUGACCAAAUACUUAUUUUCCACCAUAAUUUGCAAAUAAAUUCAUAAAAAAUCCUACAAUGUGAUUUUCUGGAUUUAUUUUUCUGAUUUUGUCUGUCAUAGUUGACGUGUACCUAUGAUGAAAAUUACAGGCCUCUCUCAUCUUUUUAAGUGGGAGAACUUGCACAAUUGGUGGCUGACUAAAUACUUUUUUCCCCCACUGUACAUGGGUAGCAUACCUGAAUAAUGAGCCAGUCAUUGGGUUCCAUCUGUCAGCUUGUCCCCUUGUGUGUUGGGUUUGAUGUGCUUAUAGAAGAAGUAUUGAGCUUCCUUGGCAGUGGAAAAUUAGUGUGUUGUGUUCUGAAAGGUGAAGAUGAGUUUUGCCAGGUGGAUGAAGCCGCAUCUCAGGUUUAGCUUGUGUAGCUGGGAUCUCACCGUGUUUUUUCUUCUUCUUUUUUCUUUUUUUCCCUCUCAAAUCAAAUCACAUUUUAUUUGUCACGUACACAUGUUUAGCAGAUGUUAUUGCGGGUGUAGCGACAUGCUUGUGCUUCUAGCUCCGACAGUGCAGUAAUAUCUAACAAGUAAUAUCUAACAAUUUCACAACAUAUACAGUGAGGGGGAAAAAGUAUAUGAUCCCCUGCUGAUUUUGUACGUUUGCCCACUGACAAAUAAAUAAUCAGUCUAUAAUUUUAAUGGUAGGUUUAUUUGAACAGUGAGAGACAGAAUAACAACAAAAAAAUCCAGAAAAACGCAUGUCAAAAAUGUUCUAAAUAGAUUUUUUAUUUUAAUGAGGGAAAUAAGUAUUUGACCCCCCUCUCAAUCAGAAAGAUUUCUGGCUCCCAGGUGUCUUUUAUACAGGUAACGAGCUGAGAUUAGGAGCACACUCUUAAAGGGAGUAUUCCUAAUCUCAGUUUGUUACCUGUAUAAAAGACACCUGUCCACAGAAGCAAUCAAUCAGAUUCCAAACUCUCCACCAUGGCCAAGACCAACGAGCUCUCCAAGGAUGUCAGGGACAAGAUUGUAGACCUACACAUGGCUGGAAUGGCCUACAAGACCAUCGCCAAGCAGCUUGGUGAGAAGGUGACAACAGUUGGUGCGAUUAUUCACAAAUGGAAGAAACACAACAGAACUGUCAAUCUCCCUCGGCCUGGGGCUCCAUGCAAGAUCUCACCUCGUGGAGUUGCAAUGAUCAUGAGAACGGUAAGGAAUCAGCCCAGAACUACACGGGAGGAUCUUGUCAAUGAUCUUGUCAAUGAUCCGGUUACAGUGUAAACGGUGUGAAAUGGCUAGCUAGUUAGUGGUUUCAAUUGGUGACGUCACUCGCUCUGAGACAUUGAAGUAGUUGUUUCCCUUGCUCUGCAAGGGCCGCGGCUUUUGUGGAGCGACGGGUAACGGCGCUUCGAGGGUGACUGUUGUCGAUGUGUGCAGAGGGUCCCUGGUUCGAGCCCAGUUAGGGGCGUGGAGAGGGAUGGAUGCAACACUGUUACACUGGAAACAUAGUCACCAAGAAAACAAUUGGUAACACACUACGCCGUGAAGGACUGAAAUCCUGCAGUACCCGCAAGGUCCCCCUGCUCAAGAAAGCACAUAUACAGGCCCGUUUGAAGUUUGCCAAUGAACAUCUGAAUGAUUCAGAGGAGAACUGGGUGAAAGUGUUGUGGUCAGAUGAGACCAAAAUCGAGCCGUGUUUGGAGGAGGAGGAAUGCUGCCUAUGACCCCAAGAACACCAUCCCCACCGUCAAACAUGGAGGUGGAAACAUUAUGCUUUGGGGGUGUUUUUCUGCUAAGGGGAGAACUUCACCGCAUCAAAGGGACGAUGGACGGGGCCAUGUACCGUCAAAUCUUGGGUGAGAACCUCCUUCCCUCAGCCAGGGCAUUGAAAAUGGGUCGUGAAUGGGUAUUCCAGCAUGAAAAUGACCCAAAACACACGGCCAAGGCAACAAAGGAGUGGCUCAAAAAUAAGCACAUUAAGGUCCUGGAGUGGCCUAGCCAGUCUCCAGACCUUAAUCCCAUAGAAAAUCUGUGGAGGGAGCUGAAGGUUCGAGUUGCCAAACGUCAGCCUCGGAACCUUAAUGACUUGGAGAAGAUCUGCAAAGAGGAGUGGGACAAUAUCCUCCUGAGAUGUGUGCAAACCUGGUGGCCAACUACAAGAAACGUCUGACCUCUGAUUGCCAACAAGGGUUUUGCCACCAAGUACUAAGUCAUGUUUUGCAGAGGGGUCAAAUACUUAUUUCCCUCAUUUUAAAAUGCAAAUCAAUUUAUAACAUUUUUGACAUGCGUUGUUGUGGAUUUUUUUGUUGUUAUUCUGUCUCUCACUGUUCAAAUAAACCUACCAUUAAAAUUAUAGACUGAUCAUGUCUUUGUCAGUGGGCAAACGUACAAAAUCAGCAGGGGAUCUUCUUCCCUGCAUAGGUCAGACCCCCAGAUUCGUUCCGGAAAGGACCUAUACGGUUCGCAAUGUUAAUCAGCGGCAUGGGACCCAACUUCUCCUGCCCAAACAGUUCAUUGAAAAGAUUGCUCUUGAAAGAAGUUAGGUUUCCCGCUUCCAUACCAGUUUCAAUUCCUGUGACCCGCACAUUGAAUUUACGGGAAUGAUUUUCGAGUGAUUCCGUUUUCUCUGUUAGGAGUUUGAUUAUCCCUUCCAAUUUAGCUCGCGCCAUUUCCAGGUCAUGGAAUUGCACCGUUGUCGCAUUGGCUGUCUUCUUCACUUUACAAUUUGUUUGCAUAGGUAUCUACUUCAGCAUUGAGCACUACCAAUGAUUCAUUCACCGGUUUUAAUUGUAAGUCGAGGGCAGGGGUAAUCUCCUCAUGAACAAUCUCUCGUAUAGUAGCGGCCAGCUCUUUCUGUUGUCUGGUGUUGAGAGACGCCAUGUUCCCCCAGUUGAAUUGUGGAUGGAGAUAUUCUAGCUGCUGGAGCAUAAUAGACCUGCUAGUUAUUUCCUGUCACAAAAUGAGUGCCCCACACCUUAAUAUGAUGCUUAGUAUUGACAGGUUUUAGGAAAUAAGUCUGUUAAUUCAUAGUAAUUUGCAAAAGAAAGCCACCGGAACCGGUCUUGAUAUUAUUAUCUGAUGGACAACAAUUCCACAACAAUUCUUAAACCACAUCAGCAGACCACUUUUGAGGUCUGGGAACGAUCCAAAAAUAAAUCAAUUAGAGGGUGUAGUUGCCCUGUGCACCUAGCAAGAGUACUGGCUACAUGUGAUGGCAGAAUUUUCUAAAGAAAUGCUCCACACUUGAUGCGAACCUAGCGACCAAUACAAAUCUGUCAAUACAAAGGGUAGCAAAUGAAAGGGUUUUGGUCGCAGUCUCGAACCCUGGCAUGGAAAUUUUAGCCAAAAACCUGGUUGCCUCUGCCAGGAGGCUGACACUUGGUCGCAAGUGGAUCUUCCAGCAAGACAAUAACACCAAGCACACAUCAAAAUCCACAAAGAAAAGGUUAAUUGACCACAAAAUCAACAUUUUGCAAUGGCCAUCAGUCUCCGGACUUGAACCCCGUUGAAAACCUGUGGUUUGAAUUGAAGAGGGCAGUCCAUAAGCGCAGACAAAGCAUAUCAAGGAUCUAGAAAGAUUCUGUAUGAAGGAAUGGUCUAAAAUGUGUUUUCCAAUCUCAUAAAUCAUCUUAGAAAAAGGCUCAGUGUUGUUAAAAAUUGUAUGGUUGAGAGGGAUGAGGCAAAAGGAAUGGUAAAUAAGUCAGGCUGCACAACCGAUUGGCAAACAUACUGCAAAUUGAGAAAUCAUAUGACUAAACUGAAUAAAAAUGAGAAGAAACUACACUAUGAAACAAAGGUAAAUGACAUAAAGAAUAAUAGUAAAAAGCUUUGGAGCACCUUAAAUUAAAUUUUGGGCAGAAAGGCAAACUCAGCUCCAUCAUUCAUUGAAUCAGAUAGCUAAUUCAUCACAAAACCCACUGAUAUUGCCAAUUACUUUAAAUAUUUUUUCUUUUGCAAGAUCAGCAAAAUUAGGCAUGACAUGCCAGCAACAAACGCAGACACUACACAUUCAAGUAUAACUGAUCAAAUUAUGAAAGACAAGCAUUGUAAUUUUGAAGUCCGUAAAGUGAGUGUGGAAGAAGUUUUUUACAAAUAUUGUUGUCUAUCAACAAUGACAAGCCACCGAGUUCUGACAACUUGGAUGGAAAGUUACUGAGGAUAAUAGCGGACGAUAUUGCCACUCCUAUUUGCCAUAUCUUCAAUCUAAGCCUACUUGGACGUGUGUGCCCUCAGGCCUGGAGGGAAGCUCAAAUAGCCGACCAAUCAGCCUGUUACCAACCCUUAGUAUACUUUUGGAAAUAAUGGUGUUUGACCAGAUACAAUGCUAUUUUACUGUAAACAAAUUGACAACAGACUUUGAGCAUGCUUAUAGGGAAGGACAGUCAACAAGCACUUACACAAAUGACUGAUGAUUGGCUGAGAGAAAUUGAUGAUAAAAAGAUUGUGGGAGCUGUUUUGUUAGACUUCAGUGCGGCUUUUGACAUUAUCAAUCAUAGUCUGCUGAUGGAAAACGUAUGUGUUGUGGCUUUACACCCCCUGCUAUAUUGUGGAUAAAGAGUUACCUGUCUAACAGAACACAGAGGGUGUUCUUUAAUGGAAGCCUCUCCAACAUAAUCCAGGUAGAAUCAGGAAUUCCCCAGGGCAGCUGUCUAGGCCCCUUACUUUUUUCAAUCUUUACUAAUGACAUGCCACUGGCCUUGAGUAAAGCCAGGUGUGGCUAUGUAUGCGGAUGACUCAACACUAUACAUGUCAGCUUCUACAGCGAGUGAAAUAACUGCAACAUUUAAUAAAGAGCUGCAGUUAGUUUCAGAAUGGGAGGCAAGGAAUAAAUUAGUCCUAAAUAUAUCAAAAACUAAAAGCAUUGUAUUUGGGACAAAUCAUUCACUAAACCCUAAAACUCAACUGAAUCUUGUAAUACAUAAUGUGAAAAUUGAGCAAGUUGAGGUGAAACUGCUUGGAGUAACCCUGGAUUGUAAACUGUCAUGGUCAAAACAUGUUGAUACAACAGUAGCUAAAAUGGGGAGAAGUCUGUCCAUAAUAAAGCGCUGCUCUGCCUUUUUAACAACACUUAUCAACAAGGUAGGUCCUACAGGUUCUAGUUUUGUCGCACCUAGACUACUGUCCAGUCGUGUGGUCAGGUGCCACAAAGAGGGACCUCGGAAUAUCACAAUUGGCUCAGAGCAGGGCAGCACGGCUGGACCUUAAAUGUAAACGGAGAGCUAACAUUAAUAAUAUGCAUAUAAGUCUCAUGGCUCAAAGUGGAGGAGAGAUUGACUUCAUCACUACUUGUUUUUGUAAGAAGUGUUGACAUGCUGAAUGCACCGAAGUGUCAGUAUAAACUACUAGCACACAGCUCGGACACCCAUGCAUACCCCACAAGACAUGCCACCAAAGGUCUCUUCACAAUCCCCAAGUCAAGAACAGACUAUGGGAGGUGCACAGUACUACAUAGAACCAUGGCUACAUGUAACUCUAUUCCACAUCAGGUAACUGAUGCAAGCAGUAGAAUAAAAAAAGAAUAAUUACAAUAUAAAAUACUCCUUAUGGAACAGCGGGGACUGUGAAGAGACACACACAGACACACAUACACAUACAUGGAUGUUGUAUUGUACAUAUAUGGUAGUGGAGUAGUGGUCUGACGGAACACACUAAAUGUAUUGGGUAAAGUGUUAUGAAAUGUAAUGUCAUGUAAUAUUUUAAACUGUAUAUAAUAAUAUAAUAAUAAUAUGCCAUUUAGCAGACGCUUUUAUCCAAAGCGACUUACAGUCAUGCGUGCAUACAUUUUUGUGUAUGGGUGGUCCCGGGAAUCGAACCCACUACCUUGGCGUUACAAGCGCCGUGCUCUACCAGCUGAGCUACAGAGGACCACAUAUAUAACUGCCAAGGCAGCAGCUAAUGGGGAUCCUUUAAUAUAUACAAAAUACAAAGGGUAGGGUGCUGGAGUACUGAAAACAGGGGUGCCAAUAAUUCUGACCCCUAUCUUUUUUAGAUUUUGAAUGACUUUUUAAACAAAAUCUCUCUGAGCAAUUGUAUUAGUAUAAAAUAAUAUACAGUGAGCACCAUAAUUCAUUGGACAGUGACCAUGUUUUUGUUAUUUUGGUUCUGUACUCUAGCACUUUGAGUUUGAAAGGAUACAAUGACAAUGAGGGUGAAGUGCAGUCUGUCAGCUUUAAUUUGAGGGUAUUUCAUACAUAUCGGAUGAACCGUUUAGAAAUGACAGCACCUUUUGUACCUGGUCCCCCCAUUUUAAGGUACUACAAGUAUUUGUUAAAUUGGCUUCACAGAUGUGUGUCGUUAGGUAGGUGUAUUCAUUUGUGUCGUUAGUGAAUGCAGGAGAGCUGUUGAUGAAUAGUAUUGAUUCUAGACUUUGCUAUUGCCUUUGGAGGUUGUUGUUGGGGUGUGAUAGCAGUGUCGAUGCAAAAGAAGCUGGCCGUCAUAAGGCUCAGAAAUGAAAAUCAAUCAAUCAGGAACAUUGUAAAAACCCUGGCCAUGCCCAAGUCAACAGUUUGGUUCAAUAGUAACAAGAAAAAAACAACCGGUGAACUCAAUUAUGUCAAAAGACCCGGUAGACCGAGGAAGACCACUGUAGUGGAUGACCCGGAGAAUACACUCUAUGGUGAAGAAACCCCCCCCUGACAACAGCCCAACAGAUCAAAAACACUCUCCUGGAUGCAGGUGUAGAUGUGUCAAAGUCUACCAUAUGUAGAAGACUACACCAGCAGGACUACAGAGGGUACACUACAAGAUGCAAACCACUGAUAAGCCUGAAGAACAGAAAGGCGAGAUUACAGUUUGCUAAAAAGCACCUAAAAGAGCCCCAAGAGUUCUGGAAAAAAGUAUUGUGGACAGAUGAGACAAAGAUUAACAUGUACCAGAGUGAUGGAAAGAGGAAAUUGUGGAGAAAAAAAGGAAAUGCCCAUGAUCCAAAGCAUACCACCUCAUCCGUGAAACAUGGUGGAGGUGGUGUUGGGCCUGUAUGGCUGCCAGUGGAACAGGCUCACUUGUCUUCAUCGAUGAUGUGACUGCAGACAGAAGUAGAACAAUGAAUUCUGAAGUCUACAGAAAUAUUUUAUCUGCUCAGAUAAAACCAAAUGCCUCCAAACUCAUUGGCCGGCACUUCAUCAUGCAACAAGACAAUGACCCUAAACAUACUGCUAGAGCAACGAAGGGGUUUUUGAUGGCCAAAAAGUGGAAAAUCCUUGACUGGCCAAGUCAAUCACCGGAUCUGAAUCCAAUUGAACAUGCAUUUUACAUGCUGAAGAGGAGACUGAAGGCAAUAAGUCCCCGAAACAAGCAGGAACUGAAGAUGGCUGCAGUACAGGCCUGACAGAGCAUCACCAGGGAAGAUACCCAGCUUCUGGUGAUGUCGAUGCAUCGCAGACUUCAAGCAGUCAUUGCAUGCAAAGGAUAUGCGACCAAAUAUUAACAAUGAUUACUUUAUUCUACAUUAUGUUAAACUGUCCAAUGUUUUUUGAUGCCCGAAAAUGGGGGGGACCAUGUACAAAAGCUUCUAUAAUUUCUAAACGGUUCAUCCGAUAUGUAUGAAAAUACCCUCAAAUUAAAGCUGACAGUCUGCACUUCACCCUCAUUGUCAUCGUAUCCUUUCAAACUCAGUGCUAGAGAACAGAACCAAAAUAACAAAAAAAUGGUCACUGUCCAAUGAAUUAUGGUGCUCACUGUUUUUUGGCGCAUGCAGCAUAGCUCAGUAUUUGUAUUAUUUAUUUUAUACAGUCUGUUUUGCUCAUUUUUGUCAAGGGUGCCAAUAAUUAUGGACCUGACUGUAUAUGGCUGACUGAGCUGUGGCUCAGCCAGCACCCUCACUUCUCACCUCUGGCAUUCCACAGGCUGUACAAUGGGAACACUAUUGGACAGCAGUUUGGGCCCAAGUGUAACCGUGGCGAUCGUAUUGGCUGUGGGAUCUACCUAGAGGCAUUUGAGGAUGGACAAACAACGGUCUUCUUCACCAAGAACGGAAAAGAAGUAAGCUAAGAUCUUAGUCUCUUUCACACACAUGUAGGCCUACUACAUACAAUCAAGCUCUUACUGUCGUUUGAAAAAGAUUACAGCACCUCCCUCUGGUAUUCAUAUGUUCUAUGAUAUGUAACACCUCUAUAGGCAAUGAAUGUAUAUUGCGCCACAUAUCAGAGAUGGAGUCUCAAUUUCGUAGUCUUACUCUCGAGACCACGUACAUGCAGUCAGGGUCAAGGGUCUGGUCUUAGUCUGGGUCUAGUACUCAAUGGUCCUGGACUGGUCCAGACUCAAUCUCUGUCACCCAUAUUACAUAUUAUGAAUGUGUUUGCAUUUAGGUGGGCACGGUGGUGGUCCCAGGGUCUCCAGAGGCGCUCUACCCGGCCGUUGGGAUGCACUCUCUGGGGGAGGAGGUGCAGCUGGACCUGCAAGCGGAGUGGGGGAUGGAGGAGGAAGACGGACUGAUGAUAGUGGACAGCCACGAGGACGAGUGGGGGCGUCUCCAUGACGUCAGGGUCACCGGCUCGGUAAGGACCUGGCCUUGCCUGUUGUCUUCUAGGCUACUUCAUACAUAA